AUUCGGGUAACACGUAGCACAUGGCCGACGAGGAGGUACCAGCAGUCGAAACAAAUCAGCAGGAAGGCGAACAAGUCGUUGAUGAUAAAAAUGUUGAAGGAGAAAUAGAAGAUCUAGGAGAGGACAUCUCGACAGAACAAGACGGUGGUCUCUACAAGAAAAUAAUCAGAGAAGGCCACGGAAUUACCGCGCCAGAAGGGAACGAGGUGAUAGUUCAUUAUGUGGGCAAGUUGCUGGAUGGAACUGUGUUUGACUCCAGCCGGGAGAGGAACGAGCGUUUUACUUUCAGACUAGGACAAGGACAAGUGAUCAAAGGCUGGGAUACUGGCGUCAAAACAAUGAAAAAAGGAGAGCUUGCAAUUCUCACGUGCUCACCCGAGUAUGGAUAUGGAGAAAAGGGAUCUCCUCCAAAGAUUCCACCAAAUUCUAAACUUGUAUUUGAAGUGGAGGUGUUUGGCUGGAAAGGAGAGAAUGUGACAGACGAUGAAGGAGUUACAAAAGUGCAGUUGCAGAAGGGACUAGGGUAUCAAAGUCCCAAUGAGAAAGCAGAGAUGACAGUUCAUGUGGUCGGUUUCUACGAUGAUCGUGUGUUUGAGGAUCGCGAAGUGACAUUCAAGUUGGGAGAAGGAGAGGAUCAUGGUAUUGUGGAAGGUGUUGAGUUGGCAUUGGAGAAGAUGAAGGAAGCAGAGAAAGCUGAAAUCACGGUGAAACCACAAUAUGCUUAUGGAGACAAAGGAUCUGAAGAGCAUAACAUUCCUCCCAAUGCCACUAUACAAUACAACAUCGAGCUGAAGAAACUUACCAAGGCUCGUGAGGCGUGGGCCAUGGAUGCAGGUGAGAAAAUAGAAACUGCAAAAUCAGCAAAGGAGCAAGGAACAGGAUUUUUCAAGAAUGGCAGGUAUUCUCGAGCUCUCAAAGAAUACAAACGAAUUCUCACUGCAUUAGAAAAUGUUGGGGAGGGAGGCAACGAAGAAGCUAAGCCGUUGCAGACAGCCGCCCACCUUAACAAGGCAGCAUGCUAUCUGAAGCUUAAUGAACAUUAUGAAGCAGCCAAGUCAUGUGAAGAGGCUCUCACGUUAGACGCAGACAAUGUGAAAGGAUAUUUCAGGAGAGGGCAGGCACGUAUGGCUAUGGAAGAUUUCCAAGAAGCAAAAUGUGACUUUCAAGAAGUUCUUAAACGGGAGCCUCGUAACAAAGCAGCUCGAGAACAAAUAGCAGCCGCAAAUAAACGAUUGCAGCAAGUGAAGCUUAAGGAGAUGAAGCUAUACUCACAUAUGUUUGAAAAGUUUGCGGCUCAAGAUGAGAAGGAAGGAGAACAAGGCACCAAGAAUGAGCAGCAGGAAGCACAAGCCACAAAUGGUCAAACUACUGAUGAAGAUAGCGAGGAGAAACAAGAAAUGGCUAAUGACACAAGGCACGAAGAUGACACAAGGCAAGAAGAUGACACAAAGCACGAAGAUGGCACAAGGCAAGAAGAUGACACAAGGCAAGAAGAUGACACAAAGCACGAAGAUGACACAAGGCAAGAAGAUGAUAGCAAGGGUGUAGAACCUGCCGUGGAGGCAUAGUUGACAAUUAAAGUGUAGUGCACUGGUAGGCAAACGUGGAACAUUGCUUGAAUUUGUUUUGACUCUGUAGUGUUUUGACUCUCUGUAGUGUUUUGACUCUCAUUCUGUGCUACUUUUCUUGCUCACAGUACAGUAUACCAUUUAAGCUGCUGA